UUGCUGCUCAUGAUUGGCUUAGGUUUCCCAUGAUGCAUCGCUUUAUUUUGUCUUGUAUCUCAGGGAGAUGACAGAACCGACCGCCUUCCCUACCGACCAAGAGACGCAUCAAGCAGCCUGCGCUGCACAUUUGAACACACGAACUAAUAUGCCAGAAAGGACCCACCACACAGUAUAAACAGCGUCUGAUCUCAAGUUUGUCCCUUCUGUGACAUUGUAAGGUUUCUUGGGGUGUGUGUGUGUGUGUGUGUGUGUGUGAGUGAGCGUAUGUGAGUGCGUGUGUGUGUGUGUCGGCAGCACUUGCGAUGGCGUCUGUGAGUGCAACGCUGGAGAACCAACUCCACAGCGCUCAGAAGAACCUGCUCUUCCUCCAGCAGGACCACGCCAACACACUCAAAGGCCUGCACGCGGAGAUACGCCACCUCCAGCAACACUGCACAGACCUGACAUAUGAACUGACAGUGAAGAGCUCAGAUCCAAGUGACAGCAGCGAGGCGCGAUGUCGUGAGCUGCACCAGCGCUGCGAGGAGCUGGAGGCGCAGCUGAAGCUGAAGGAGGAGGAGAACACGGAGCUGCUGCGCGAGCUGGAGCAGAAGACGGCCAUGAUGUCCGUGCUGGAGGACACGCUGCGCGAGCGCGAGAAGAAGUACCUGGACGAGCUGAAGCAGAAGAGCCAGCGCCUGGCCGUGCUCUCGGGCGAGCUGGAGCAGAGGGCCAGCACCAUCGCCUACCUCACCUCCCAGCUGCACGCCACCAAGAGACGCCUGCUGGCGGGGGGGUCCGCCGACGCCGCCGCCGCCGCCGCGGGGGGGGCAGGGGGAGCCACCGGGGGCGCCAGCCCGUCCCCGAGUCCGUCCUCCUCCUCCUCCUCCCCCGCCUACCGCCCGACCCCGCCUGUGCAGCCCCAGCCCCCAGACACGCCCACUCGCCACCGGAUGCGCAAGAGCCUAUCGCAGCCGCUGCACGCCGAGUGGGCGGAGCUGUACCGGCAAGGGGCGGGGCCGGAGGGGCGGCGGCUCAUUCUGAGGGAGGCGCUAGAGGCCAUGCCUGACCCCACCCCUUUCCUGCAGCCGCGCGAACCCGCCCACGCCACCCCCCACGCGGCCCACCCCCCGCAGCCCCUGCACAAGAGCCGGCCCGCCGUCAUCCCCCCCAUCGCCUCUGACCGCGGCGAGCCCUCUGGGGCGGAGUCCGGCUCGCCCACCCCCACCGGCACGCCCACCCACACGCCCACCCGCCUCCCCGCCGUGCCCUCCUCCUCCUCCUCCUCCACCGCCGCGGCGGCGGCCUUCAGCCCCAGGGGCAGCCCCGCCCGGCAGCCGAGGGCUCACAUCGGGGUGGCGCACCGCAUCCCCCUCUCCCACGGCGCCCCCGGCGCCCCCAGCUCCUCGGGCCCCCAGGCCCCGGCCCAGCCCCACCCCCCCUCGCGCCCCAUCCACACGGAGCUGCAGACCCUGGCGGUGGACCAGGUCAACGGCGGGGCCAAGGUGGUGCGCAAGCGCUCGGGCGCGGACAGAACUGUGUAACGCUCUUUCUCUUUCUCUCUCUCUCUCUCUCUCUCUCUCUGUCACCCAGU